UAAGGUAUGGGAGUGGCUAUAAAUACCGAUAUAUUAACUAACCUCUCGGACAAGUGUGUGGAGGCUCCUUUAUUUGCUUCUUCCUCACAAAAUUCCAUCGUCCUACUCGGCGACUCCUCCUUCCUCUUCGGAUCUCUUUUCUCUCCGCAACGACCAUCUUCAUCUUCUUCAAUCUCAUCAAUGUUGAUCUAACUCUCAAACCACAGCUCCGCAUCGAGAGCCUCGCAUCAUCGAAGCUCUCGAUCGAGCUCAUCAUCGUCUUCUCCAUCUCUCAAUCCACUCUGCUGUGUCUGUGUGUUUUUUUGGUAUGAACUGAUUAAGUGUUGGCAAGCCGUUGAAUUGUGGAUAUGGAGAUUGCGGCUCAGCUGAAGCGAGGCAUCUCGCGCCAGUUCUCCACUGGAUCGCUGCUGAGGACCCUGAGCCGGCAGUUCUCGCGGCAGUCGUCGCUGGAUCCGCGGAGGACCAAUCUGAGGUUCAGCCUCGGGAGGCAAUCGUCGCUGGAUCCGAUUCGGCGGAGCCCGGUGAAUGAGGAGCUAUCGGUGCCGGAGAAUCUGGAUUCCACCAUGCAGAUGCUGUUUAUGGCGUGUAGAGGGGAUGUGAAGGGAGUGGAGGAUUUGUUGAACGAAGGCACUGAUGUGAACAGCAUCGAUUUGGAUGGCCGCACUGCUCUGCAUAUCGCGGCCUGUGAAGGUCAGAUUGAGGUAGUUAAGCUCCUGCUCAGUCGGAAGGCCAACAUCGAUGCUCGUGACCGUUGGGGGAGUACGGCAGCUGCUGAUGCUAAAUACUAUGGAAAUGUAGAAAUUUAUAAUAUUUUGAAGGCUCGGGGAGCCAAAACUCCGAAAAUCAGGAAGACGCCAAUGGCUGUUGCAAAUCCUCGAGAAGUUCCAGAGUAUGAGCUUAAUCCAUUAGAGCUUCAGGUCCGCAAAAGUGAUGGUAUCACAAAGGGAUCAUACCAAGUAGCUAAAUGGAAUGGUACAAAGGUUUCUGUAAAGAUACUUGAUAAGGACAGCUAUUCAGACCCCGAUAGCAUAAAUGCUUUCAAAUAUGAGCUAACCUUAUUAGAAAAGGUCCGGCAUCCAAAUGUGGUUCAGUUUGUUGGAGCUGUUACCCAAAAUAUACCCAUGAUGAUUGUUUCAGAGUAUCAUCCGAAAGGUGACCUGGGAAGCUAUCUUCAAAAGAAAGGGCGUCUAUCUCUAUCUAAAGCUCUAAGAUAUGCUCUUGAUAUUGCCAGGGGCAUGAAUUAUCUACAUGAAUGCAAACCAGACCCAGUUAUCCACUGUGAUUUAAAGCCAAAAAAUAUUUUGCUGGAUAGUGGAGGUCAGUUGAAGGUUGCCGGAUUUGGUUUAUUAAGGCUGUCAAAGAUGUCACCUGACAAAGUAAAAUUAGCGCAAUCAGGGAGUCACAUUGAUGCUUCAAAUGUAUAUAUGGCACCUGAGGUUUAUAGAGAUGAACUAUUUGACAGAAGUGUGGAUUCAUUCUCUUUCGGUCUCAUACUUUAUGAGAUGAUUGAAGGAGUACAGCCCUUUCACCCAAAACCUCCAGAAGAAGCCAUCAAAAUGAUCUGUUUAGAAGGAAAGAGACCACCUUUCAAGAGCAAAUCAAGAAGUUAUCCUCCAGAUUUAAAAGAGUUGAUCGAGGAAUGUUGGAAUCCGGAACCUGUUGUUCGGCCAAUCUUUUCUGAGGUCAUAGUACGGUUGGAUAAAAUUGUUGGACAUUGCUCUAGACAAGCAUGGUGGAAAGACACUUUCAAGCUUCCUUGGAAAUAAGAGGGCACGUUCAGUUCCACAGAGAAUGAAAAAAAAAGACGAGAAAGAGAAAGAGAAAGAGGGGAUCUCCAUAGACCUCUUAAGAGUUUUGGGAGCUUUUUAUGUUGCACUGUUAUUAUGAACUAAAUAAGAAAGGAUCUCGGGGUAAAUUCUAAGUCAAGCCUAAAGUAGAAACAACCGUUUGCCUUUCUUCUGUCUCCUCAAGGAGUUGGUGAAAAAUCCUUUUUUGUAUAAAUAGACAAAACGAAUAAGUUUAUCUGUAAUUGCAAUUUGCAACAUCUUCCUCUUCC